ACCGAGUUUGCAAUCUUGCAUAAUAUAAAGGCUCUUUGCUUUUACAUAUGGGACUCCAUCUCCUUGUUGGUUUUUGGGCAACUUUGUGAAUCUGGGUCUAACACCAGGAUCUGUGGUAACACAAACCUGUUACUUCUGUGUUCUGUUGGUUUACUCUCUUAGUAUGUCACGACCACACUCUAGUCCCAGCCAAACAGUGGCCACCUUUGGAGGAAGAAACUGCAUUUAGGUCAACAAAUAACUAUCAGGACAUUUGCCUGCUUCACCCUUGCCUGUAGAAGGGGCACAUGGUCUGGUCAGCCAAGGCUGGAAUUUACAAAGGAACCUCAAGACCAAGUUAGAGAACAGGGUAACCAGCUGCAGACCAUAGAGGGGAACGUAAGAGCUUCCCCAGAGCCUCAGCUGGGAGGACUCUGGUUGGGUUUUCCCAUGUCUUGUCUCAGGAGGCUGGGCUCAUUAGAUCAUCUGUGUGGGCUCCUUCUGACAGUGCUGCACCUGAUGUCUUGCUCCAAAACUUUUUCUGAGUCUAGCUGGGGAGGGGUGGAGCAUAGUGAGGGGGCACAAUUAAACAUAGUUUCCACCAUCUCAGUGCUGGCUUGGGUAAAGGAUUUUUGAUUGGGGAGCGGGGAGGCUUUGGUCCAGGCACUUGUGAGGCUCUGUCUUUGAACUUCCCCAAAGCCUUGGGGUAGAAGACAUGUGACCCCUUCCUCAAGGGAGGGCAGUUUCAUUUUCCUGUCUUUCUGAUCUUUCUUGUGACCCUGGCACUUCACAAUGCUCUAGGAAACCCUGAAAACGGCCUAUUUUUCACCCAAUUUGGUUUCUUGUUCUCAGGAAGCUUGGCAUUGUUAAAAAUCCAGAAAUUCCCAUGGCCCAAAUCCUAUUUAAAAACUGCCUAUCUAUUUAAAGUUCAUGAUUGGAAGAAUAAAGGAAAAAAAGAGUCCCACAAACAGAAGGGAGGCACAAGAUAGGAAAAAAAAAAAAAAGCAGAUCUAGCUCGCUUCUAAAAAAGGCUGAAAACUAUCUGUCCGUGGCCUUGUGUCUCGAGUCUCACAUAUUUUUCUUUCUCUUUUGGUGGUUUGCAAUCUGAAGUGGAAUUUUAUUAUGGGUUACUUGGAUGAUCCUUUUCGUGUCCCUAGCCCCCAAGGCUUCUGCUCACUAGAUAGCAUGCCACAGCGGCCCUUCACGCUAUGGGAAAAGUGAGUGAACCCAAAAUAAAGCAGCCAUAUCUCUUGGCUCCUCUGCACUCGCCACCGUGUUUCCACAACUCCGAGCCAGAGACCAGCAACACUGUCCUGAGAACAACAAAACCGUGAUGAAGGCAACAGGAGUCAGAACGCUAUUCACGGCAGGAAGCCCCAGCAUCCGGUGAGAAAUAAGAAGUACUAGAGCACAGGAUGCGCCCUGGGUCAGGGGGACGUGAAAAGCCUGGAGUCUGUAACCUUCUCUGCGCCAGAGCCGUGGUGGUUUGGCAGCAGAGGCACAGCCCUCAGCUCCCCUAGGAGCCCAGCCGGGUGCCAAGCUCCAAGACUCAGUGGUGGCCGCUGUCGUUGUGGGGGAGUCCAGCCUCUCCCAGAAGGAGACUCAGCAGAAUGGCCACCUCAACAGGUUUGUUGCUGCUGCUGCUGCUGCUUGGCCAGUCCUGGGCAGGGGCUGCUGCUGAUUCAGAGGCUGUCGUGUGUGAGGGGACUGCCUGCUAUACUGCCCACUGGGGAAAGCUGAGCGCCGCUGAAGCCCAGAACCGCUGCAAGGAGAAUGGAGGCAAUCUAGCCACAGUGAAGAGCGAGGAGGAGGCCCGGCAUGUCCAGAAAGCUCUGGCUCAGCUCUUGAAGACCAAGCCACCCUUGGAAGCCAAGAUGGGCAAAUUCUGGAUCGGGCUCCAGCGAGAAAAGGGCAAGUGUACGUAUCACGAUUUGCCAAUGAAGGGCUUCAGUUGGGUGGGUGGUGGAGAGGACACAGCUUAUUCAAACUGGUACAAAGAGAGCAAGAAAUCCUGCACCUCUAAGCGCUGUGUGUCCCUGAUACUGGACCUGUCCUUGACUCCUCACCCCAGCCAUCUCCCCAAAUGGUAUGAGAGCCUAUGUGGGUCUCCUGAGAGUCCAGGUAACAUUGACGGUUUCUUGUGCAAGUUCAACUUCAAAGGCAUGUGCAGUCCCCUCUCUCUGGGUGGUCCAGGCCAGGUGACCUAUACCACCCCUUUCCAGGCCACCACCUCCUCCCUGGAGGCUGUGCCUUUUGCCUCUGCAGCCAAUGUAGCCUGUAGGGAUGAGGCUGAGAGUAAGACCUACUACUUCCUGUGCAAGGAAAAGACCCAGACUCCGGGUGUAUUCCACUGGGGCAGCUCAGGCCCCCUCUGUUACAGCUCCAAGUUUGGCUGCAAUUUCAACAAUGGGGGCUGCCAGCAGGAAUGCUUUGAAGGUGGGGAUGGAUCUUUCCGCUGUGGCUGCCGGCCUGGAUUCCGACUGGAGGAUGACCUAGUAACUUGUGUUUCUCGGAACCCCUGUAGCUCCAACCCAUGCACAGGAGGGGGCUCAUGCCAUUAUGUACCCCCCAGCGAAAACUACACAUGCCAGUGUCCCAGUGGCUACCAGCUGGACUCUAGCCAAGUGAACUGUGUGGAUAUAGAUGAGUGCCAGAACUCCCCCUGUGCCCAGGAAUGUAUCAACACUCCUGGGGGCUUCCGAUGUGAAUGUUGGGUGGGCUACCAAUCCAGUGACCCCAAAGGGGAGGACUGUAAGGAUGUGAAUGAGUGUGCCGCUGCCCACUCACCCUGUGCCCAUGACUGCCAUAACACUGAUGGUUCUUUCUUCUGCUCCUGUAAAACUGGCUAUAGCAAGUCUGAAGAAGACAGUACCCAAUGUGAGGAUAUAGAUGAGUGUUUGGACUCCAGGGUCAGUGCGUGUGACACCCUGUGCUUCAACUUGGAAGGUUCCUUCCGAUGUGGCUGCCCACCAGGCUGGGAGCUGGCUCCUAAUGGGGUCUCUUGUAUCAAGGGCACUGUGUCUUUAGAACCAUCAACUAGGCCUCCCCAAAAGGAAGGCGAAGGUGACAUAAAGGGGAGUACUGUGCCUCCUCCUGAAAUGCCCAGUUCUUCCAGAGGCUCUGAGGAUGUCUCCUAGGGAGGACCCGCCACAGGGCAUCCCUCCUUCCCAUCAGAUCCCCCCACUACCUCUGUUCCACAAGAAAUAUCAGUCCCUAGUGAGGCAUCUGGAGUCUGGAUGGAGUUGGGUACAUACCUCCCCAUGACCACUGGCCACAGCAAGCCCACACAUGAAGAUUCUGUGUCGGCCCACAGUGACAGCGACACGGAUGGGCAGAAGCUGCUUCUGUUCUACAUCUUGGGCACUGUGGUGGCCAUCUCACUCUUGCUGGCUCUGGCCUUAGGGCUUCUCAUUUAUCGUAAACGGAGAGCCAAGAAGGAGGAGAUAAAAAAGAAGAAGAAGCCCCAGAAUGCAGCUGACAGCUAUUCCUGGGUUCCAGAGCGAGCUGAGAGCCGAGCCCUGGAGAACCAAUACAGCCCAACACCUGGGACAGACUGCUGAAGACAAUGUGGCCAUAGAAACACCAGCAGCUGCCACUGCUUUUAGAACUUUUAACUGCCGGAUGAUGGGGGGACCCACAUCAUUCUGAAAGACUGGACUGAACUCUCAGCAAAGAGUGUGCACCUUCCUGGUGCACUUGGGAUGGACAGGUAUUUCCCAGCUGCCUUCGCUAUGCCUGGGCGUGAAUUUUGCAUUGUGGGAAGUUUUGAGGCUAUUGACAGGCCUCGUUCACAUACUCUUUUCAAAUCCAUAAUCGAAUGAUUUUAAUGUGUUCCUCUGAUUCCCAAUCAGGGUAUGCGAACAGGGGUGGGGGAGUGGGGGUGGGAGGGUUUCAAAGACUUUUCUUAUCUCUUCAUUCAUCAGAGAAGAAAAGGAGCUACUGGUGCUAAUUAGGAUGGAAACGAUUCCUUUCCUUCAUAGAGAACAAGAUCACUUCAUUAUUUAACUUCGUGAGAAUAAGGCUCUACCCUUCCUAUGGGGACUUUUUCAGGAUGGCUGCCUUUGUGUACAUUUGCCUUCUGGCAUUUCCCCUCAAUCCCCCUCAGUAUUGUUGAAACUGUCAGAAUGAGAGGAAGUUCAACCAACUGCUUAAGGAGCAAGCGGGCAGGAUGUUUAGACAUCCUACCCCGUCAUUCUGAGCUUUCUGAUGGUCUUGGGCUCAUGGGCAAGUAGAGCUGGGAGCUGGAAAGUUGCUUCAAGUGAGUGGGAGGUCUUGGUAACAGCAGAAUCCAGAAGGAAGUGGCAGGGGUUAAAUUAACAGAUAUAUGAACUAAAUUAUCUGAAUGGGCUGAUGUUAACACACACUUGAUCACUGAGAAACGAUAACAAGACCCCGAGAACAAUUUGUCUUCGAGCCAGCACAGGCCCCAACUCCACUGCAGGGCACCCUGUCUCCAUCCCUAACUGGGAAGCUGUCAUAGGAGGCUUUCAUUCUGACUGUAAGAGAAGACGUGCGAACCAGGUGAUGGAUGGGCUCUGCUGUGAAUACUGUCAUUCAAUGUAGCUGAAGCCCAGUUCACAGUUAAGAGUACAUCUGGAGGAUUUAUGCACUGUUUUGUGGGUGUGACACACAUCAAAUCAAGGAUUAGUCACCCUGAAGGUUCCCUCUGCUUGCUUAAAAAAAGGAGAUGCAGAGGAAAGGGAAAGGGGAAGAGAGAACAAUGAGGCUAUUUUCCAACCGUUAAAGCUGCUUAGAGCCAUUUUAUGAUUGACAUGCUUAUUUUCAAGUGUGCAUUUGCAAAAGUGUCCCUUAAACUUACUGCUGGUGUCACAGCUACACAGGUCUGUCUCAUGGAGGUUUGGCUUUUUUUUCUCUCUCUCUUUUUUUUUUCUGCCUCUAUUACUUAGAGAGCUGAGGCACGGAAAGUGUCUCCAUCAUGGGAUCCCGAGUCUUUGUUCUUAAAUCAGGGUGCCCUUUCAUUUCCGGUCUUAAAUGCAUCUAUCCCUCAAGUUGACAUCUGGGGAGUGAAGAUGAAUAAUGCACAGAUUCAAGGCCUGUGGAGUUGAGGAAAUAUCUUAAAAAAAAAAAAACAAACAAAACAACCCCCCACUCCAAACCACAAGUUGGAGGAUGAUGGGAGAAAGAUGGAGCUCUGUGGGGUGCUUGAAAUUUGUGCAUUUAAAAAUCAGCUCACCAUCUGGCUUUCAGUUGUAAUUUGGGUGUUUGGAACCUAAGGGAGAUCAAAGCCAUGUCUAAUUGGCAGGGAACUUCAUUGGCCACAGGACCCCUGGCAAUAGUUGCCAGUAGGUUGGCAGCCAGUCCAUUACAGAGAGCAGCGCCCACCGUCCGGGCGAUUUUACAUAGAUGGCAGUAUCUGUACUUAAGGCUUGAGGUGAGGAGGACAAACUGAAUGAGUCCAAAUUCUGUAUGGCCUUGCUUGGUCUAUGCUCAGGCUGCUGACCAGAACCACUUAGGGCGUAGACAUGAAACCCCAUCCCCAACACCCUCAGGGGCGCUGGUUCCUCUCUGUGGGACCCACAACAGGGAAGACUGAUGAACACAUUUCCUCAAAGUGUGUUUUCAGUCUCAGCCCCUCCCAUGUGGGUAGAGCUCUCUCAGCCACUGACCUGCCAAAGCUUUGUGCCGAACCAUGCCUCACGUGUCAAGGGAGCCGUCUACCCUUCCUAAACCAGUGCUUUAUCCUCCCAUCUGUUCUUGCUGUCCUCAUGUUUGAGACUGGAAAAUUUUGGGUUAGAGCUUCUAAGAGGCCAAGCAGGAGAUAAGUGAACUUCUGUUGGCCAAAGGGGACCAAGGUUGUUAGGCUAACAAAUCAGUGAGCAGAGACAGAACAGUCCCUUGCCUGUGAGGAUGCAGAGAAAAUGCUGCUUGAGUCCAUACCUGGAAAAAACAACAACAACAACUGUAUUUAGAACUAACUCAUCUCUUCCCACUCUUCAUUUUCCAGAGAAUUCCAGAGAGUUUAAGGGGAAGGGAAUACCUUCAAGCCUUCAGUCCUCUCAUUCCUUAAUUUCAGGUGGUGGCCGUCACUCCUUUCUGUCUUUUAUGUGGUGCUGGUGAUGGUAGCCUGUGCCGAAAGUAUGCUAGACAUGCGCUUUCCAGAAACUACGUUCCUAGGCCUUUGCAUUAGUUUUUAUUUAUCAUUAAAGACAGGUGAUACACUACCCCCACAGGCAGUAAUUUGAGGAGUUUAGAAAAUGAACUACUCAUAAAGAAAUGCCUUGGGAGGGACUCAUGAAUGCUGUUUGUAAAGGAAAUCCGGCCCCAGGUAUCCCUGGUAUCUAGCUAGCCCGGCUUUGGUGUAAACCCAGAUGUAGGCAUCUUCGGGCUUUGGUGACCACCAAAGCCAUCAUCACCACCAUCAUCACCGCAUCACCCCCACUACCUCUAUUACCAACAUCAUAACCACUUCAUAGCACUGUGUGUCCCUAUGGCAUUUCUCGGCGACAGUAACUGGAUCAAUCCCACCUGGCAGAGGGCAGUCAACUGCCUUCUUUCAGCCUCGAACCCAGGGACAAACUAGCAAAGCUCUGGGAAUGUCUGUCCUGACACUUCUCCAGAACAGUGGAGAAUGUGGAAUGAAACGAACAUUUCUGAGUGUGUGCUUAUGUUCACGGUGCUGGGCAAACUGCUUAGGAAAUGAAUUCUUUUUCUCCUCAUGAAGUUUUUAACCUCUUUGAGUUCCUAACCUUGAAUGCUUCUGUGGACCGUUCUCACCAACCAAACUUUCAAUAGGUGGAUGGGAUCCUUAGGUCUUUUUGUUCCAAUCCUGUUUUCCCAUAAAUAUUUCUGGCAAAACUAAAGGAAUAGAGAUGAGAUUUGACCAAAAAAGGACAAAAGGUUACUCGAUUCAAAAUAACAUAAAUUUUUAAAGCAAAUAUAGGAAAGUCUUUUCCUAUUAUUUUUUUUCUUAACGCCCCCAUUGUCUAAAUCAGGAAAACAGGAAAGCGAAGCUUUCUAGCACCUGUGAAAUGGCUUAGUGCCCCUGCAUAUUUCCAUGUCCUUCAACAAUAGGUUUAGCAUGGGAAUCUGAGAGAGACACCCUGAAAACAUCUUUCCGUUCCCUGGCUCCCAAACCUAGGCCUUGACUGCGUGGUUUGUGAAACUUCUCCACAAAACAGGGGGACAGACACACCUCAAUCUUCCACGGGUUCAACAACUAGAUGCCCCGAUGACCCCUCACUUAAGGGCAUGUUGAAAAUGAUGUCACAUGACCUGUUCUUGGCAGUACCCAUCUAUUUCAGUUGGGAACUCUGGGCUUCCCAUCCUUCCAGAAACGUGUCAAGUGGCUCCUUCCUGCAGUUUUAACCUGUUCUCCCCCUGAGUUGAAGUCCAUUGGCAGCCGGGGGUUAAACUUGAAUUGUGUGGUGGUCAGUCUUGUUCUGUGUUAUCAGUGGGCUGUUGUACAUGUUAGUAAUCACACCCCGAGCCCUCAGAGAGAAUGUAAAUAUUUAAAAAUAGAUGCAUCAAAUCCGUGUCAUGGAUCCUGAAACUAUGGAAUGUUCAGACAGAAGUGACUUCAGUGAUUAGUGAAUGUUUCCCAGGCUGGGGGGAGGGAAGGCUCACAGGGUACAGGUCUUCUUAGAGCUGCAACAUGACAUUUUGAAGGGAGACUCGGGGUCCCCUUCAAGAAGUUGUGGCUUUGUCCAUCUUUUAACUUUCUGUUGUGCACAUACCCUAAUAAAAUCUGAAAAAUAUU